UUUGGUUUCAAUUUUCGCCAUCGGUUCGGUUUUCGGUUUUGAGUUUUUGGUUCGGUUUUGCACCGAACCGAACCGAUGCUCACCCCUAUUUGUCAAGUUAGUUGUAAAUUAUUUUUUUAAUCAUGAGAAUUAAUUUUAUUAUUCAAAAAACAUUUAACAAAUGAAAUAUAUAAAAUUAUUAUUUAAUGAACAUAUUCGCGAGCCUAUUCGCAAAUAUAUUCGUGAGCCUAUUCGCAAACCUAUUCGCGAAUAAGCUCGCGAAGGUAUGAGCCGAACAUGUUCGCAAGCUCACGAGCCGAACAUGUACAAGCUCGAGUUUGGCUCGAUAAUUUUAUCGAGCUCGGAUUCGGCUCGUUUAAAAAACAAACGAAUUUCGUACGAGUUUUUUUCGAGCCAAGUCCCGAAUAAUUCGCGAGCGGCUUGGUUCAUUUACAGCCCUAAUGGUGGGACAAGAAUCAACUCAGAGCCACCUUGAAGGUUAAAUCCGGCAAAGAGCAUGAGUUAGUAAGGUUUAGGCCAAUCCUGAUGAACAUUAGGGAUCAACAGGACAUGAGAAGCAUAAUCAAGGAACAUCUUGAUUUGCGAUUGAUUGAACCAGGGAACUUGCCCUAUAGCAGUCCUGAAUUUCUGGUAAGAAAUCAUGGUGUGAUCAAAAGAGGUAAACCUAGGCUGGUUAUUAAUUAUAAAUGAAUUAAUGACAUUAUAAAAUUUGAUGGUUAUUUUAUCCCUAGCUGAGAUCACCUUAUUAACUGCAUUAGGAAUGCUAAGGAUUUCUCAAAGUUUGAUUGCAAGUGAGGUUUUUACCAGAUUCGCAUGGAUGAAGGGAGUAAGAAGUUCACGGCCUUCUCAACUCCACAGGGUCAUUAUAGUCUGAAAUGUCAUGCAUAUGGAGCUAGUGCUAAAGGGCCGCUCCUUUCUUUGGGCUUUGUUGCGAGCUUUGCGAAUUUUGUUCAUUCGCGCGACAGGAAAACAAAGAGGAGUCGAAUUGAAGGAGAUUGUGGAGGGAAAAGAGGAGCAGGGUUCCACUCAAGUCCGGAAACACGCGGGACAGAAAUUCCCAAGAUGCCGGUGGCGAGACCAGAAAUUUCCGAUUCUAGAGUUAUCGCUCACGUUGACAUGGAUUGCUUCUAUGUUCAAGUUGAGCAGCGGAAACAGCCAAGUUUAAGAGGUCAGCCCACUGCUGUUGUACAGUACAAUUCCUGGAAAGGAGGGGGCCUUAUUGCUGUGGGUUAUGAAGCCCGUGCAUAUGGAGUCAAAAGGUCAAUGCGAGGUGAUGAGGCCAAAAAGGUCUGUCCUGCAAUUCAGCUAGUACAAGUUCCAGUGGGUCGUGGUAAAGCGGAUUUAACUGUGUACCGGGAUGCUGGUUCAGAGGUGGUGUCUAUCCUUUCAAGCAAAGGUCGAUGUGAGCGUGCUUCUAUAGAUGAAGUCUAUCUGGAUCUUACUGAAGCUGCAGAAACAAUGUUGGCCGAAAACCCCCCUGAGAGUUUGGAAGCAAUUGGUGAAGAGGCUCUUAAAUCACAUAUAUUGGGGCUUCAUUUGGAUGGAGCAGACAAUCGAGAUCGUGUGAGGGAGUGGUUUCUUAUGAGCAAUGCCGAUCGUCGUGAUAAAUUAUUGGCAUGUGGUGCUCUUAUUGUAGCAGAACUUAGACUGGAAGUUUUGAAAGAAACAGAAUUCACAUGUUCAGCUGGCAUAGCCCAUAAUAAGAUGCUCGCUAAAUUAGCCAGUGGAAUGAAUAAACCUGCUCAACAGACCGUUGUGCCUUCCUCAUCUGUUAAGGAGUUGCUUAAAUCUCUUGCUAUAAAGAAAAUGAAACAACUUGGGGGAAAGCUUGGAACCUCUUUGCAAGUUGACCUUGGUGUGAAUACUGUUGGGGAUCUAUUGCAGUUUUCGGAGGAGAAGCUGCAAGAUCGCUAUGGCAUAAAUACUGGGACUUGGUUAUGGAAUAUUGCACGGGGGAUCUGUGGAGAUGAGGUUGAGGGUCGCCUUCUUCCGAAGAGUCAUGGUUCCGGGAAGACAUUUCCAGGACGUCAGGCUCUUAAGAAGAUCUCUACAGUUCAGAAGUGGCUGAAUGAACUUUGUUCUGAACUGAGUGAACGUCUUCUUCGUGAUCUGGAACAGAAUAAACGCAUUGCUCGUACUCUUACCCUUCAUGCAAGUGCUUACAAGUUGAAUGACUCAGAAUCAGUUAAAAAGUUCCCUUCAAAGUCCUGUUCCUUAAGGUAUGGGAUUGCCAAGAUUCAAGAAGAUGCCCUCAACCUGUUUCAUGCUGGGCUGCGUGAAUAUGUUGGGGUAUACCAUGUGAGGAUGAAAGAAACCAAGCAACAUGAGUGGGCAAUAACUGGUCUCUCUGUCUCAGCUAGUAAAAUAGUUGUGAUCCCAUCUGGGACAAACUCAAUUAUGAAGUAUUUCCAUCACCAAAAUCAGACUUGUGCUGAAUUAAAUGAUGUAUGCACCCAAGAUGCUGCACCUUUUUCAUCAUCAGGUACUAGGAGCUCUGUAGGAUUGAAUUUGGCUAACUACCCAGAAAAUGAUGUGUUUGAGGAAGAAACAAGGUUCGGUAGUGUUGUGCCAUGUUUGGGACCAGAUGGCGAUGAAAUAGAAGUGUGUAAGGACGAUGUGUAUACCAACGAAGCUGUAGGUAAGAAAGAUCCACCUUUCUUUGGAGAGGAGCAGAGCCUGGGACUCCAAGAAGACACUCUUUCAUCAUGCUUAGGUAGUGAAACUGAUUUGGAACCAAAACUUGCUCAAUCGAAGAUGGAUUUCCUAGGACCUCGUUUGCAAUCAGAGAAAAAGAAAAGGAAGGUAGAAAAGGGGAGUUCAUCAAUCUUAAGAUUUUUCGGCACUCAGGACUCUUGCUCCUUUCCCGAGCAUGCGAUCCUUAAGACUUUUCAAGAGAGUGGAGCAUCUUCCUCUGGUAACCAAUUUUGACGGGAAUUUCUUAAAGGUAAGUCACUUCAGAAAAUCCAGCAAACAAUGACUGGGAUCACCCCGGGAAUGUGCAAUUCCAGAACUGAUGCAUGGAGUUACAAGAGUGAUGAGAUUGACCCUUCUGUCUUGAAUGAAUUACCACCCGAGGUUCAAGCAGAAGUGCGUGCAUGGAUGCAGCCUCAGAAGCGGGCUAACAUCGUGAAAAAGGGUUCUAGUAUCGAUCACUAUUUCUCACCAACAACAAACUCUUGAUCCUAUUAUCCAGACUUAUUUAUCGUUCAAAGGGAUGCUUGUCUACUAAUAAAGAAAAGGCCAGAAAUAUCAAAUUGUUAAUAGCUUGCCGUUUUUAAUUCCAAGCUCAACUGAGUUAAGGAUAUCUGGAAAUUGGCAUCAUCAUGUCAAUAGAGAAGUACAUUAUUUGUAAAUGAUCUAGUAACAACAAUAUGUAUAGUAGCACAUGUAAUUGAAGACAAAUUCUGGAGAUCCUUGUGCCUCUGUUCUCUUGGUAUAUAAUUCCUGCUUGCAUUAUAUGACUGCUGGAGGCCUUGAUCAAUAAAACGGUUUGGACAGAGUCCCCAUGAUACGCUAUGAUAAGCUGCUUUUUUUUUAAAGAAUAUUAGUAGUUGCCACAGAUAUUGGUGAGCAGAUUCUCCUCAGAUCACUAAUAAUCUGUUACUGCGCAAGGAUUUCAUAAUCAGCUGAUCUGGUGAGUGGAAGAAAACUGGUAUGUGUACUAAUACAUCCCCUAACUUUGUUUAUGUUUUGCUACUGUAGUUGAAGAAGUUUGUCAUGUAUUUUUGCUUUCUUCAAAACAAAUCGCAUUGAUUCUAGGAUUUCUGAGUAUGUGAUCAUGAUCCUAUCAUGUUCAUGUGAUUGAUUUUGAGAUUUUUAUGAAUCACCACUUUGUCUCUCUCACUCGAUUUCUUCCAAGAUUGGUAGCCCGUUUUGGUGAAUGAAGACUGGUAUGUGUAACAGUAUUUUACAUUCCAGCUGUAUUUAUUACCCAUUAUUAUCUUUUCCUUUUUAUGUUUUGUUCUUUUUCACGAAGUCAAGUGAUUUUGAUUCUUUGAUACGUCUCCAUCUAUCUUAGUUGACACGGCCAAAAGAAACUGUCAAAGGUUUUUGUAUAUACAUAGCCAGAAUCCCCAACCAAACCAUCCUAGAUCAGAUCCCACCAUGGCUGCCAAGAAUAGGUGGCUUCCAAAGCGUAUAAUCUUGGUCCGCCAUGGCGAGAGCAACGACAACGAUGAUGGCCCCAGUCACAGCACCCCACUGAGCCGGCGGGGGGCGGAGCAGGCGAGGCGAGCAGGCACCCGCAUCCGGGAUCUCCUAGACCAAAGUUGUUCCUCCUGGAAGAUCUACGUCUACGUCUCCCCUUACGAGUGCACGAGAUCAACGCUGCGAGAGAUGGGGCGCGCUUUUCCGGCCAGCAGAUUGAUCGGAGUGAGAGAAGAGUGCAGAGUGCGAGAGCAGGAUUUCGGGAAUUUUCAGGAUCCCCAGAAGAUGAGACAGCUCAAGGAAAUCCGCAACAAAUUCGGGCGAUUCUUCUUCCGCUUCCCGGAGGGAGAAUCGGGAGCCGACGUCUUCGAUCGCGUGUCGAGUAAGUCGGUGGAAAUGGAAUUAUGUGCAAAUCAAAUGGCUGAGUAAAAUUAAUGUGCAGGUUUUCUGGAAUCAAUGUGGCGGGACAUAGACAUGCAGAGGUUCCCGCUCGAUGGGGACGAUGAGCUGAAUCUGAUAAUCGUGUCGCACGGGCUGGCCAUCCGCAUAUUUCUGAUGCGGUGGUUCCGAUGGACGGUGGAGCAGUUCGAGCGGCUCAAGAACCCUAAGAACUGCGAGUUUCGGGUGAUGCAGCUGGGGGAGGGCGGCGAGUACAGCCUCGCCGUCCAUCACGACGAGCCUAGGCUCAAGGCCUGGGGCCUCUCGCCCGACAUGAUAGCGGAGCAGAAGCUCAGAGCUUCCACCAGGACCCACCACGACUUUCUCUGGUAUCACACUUUCUUUGCCCCUUCUCACGACGACGCCGACACACGUGUCACUGCCUAGGCUAGGAUAUUUUGUAUUAGGUGUAAUUAUUUGCUAAUAAUUGUGCUUUCGCACCAACGACGUUAUUUGAUACGUGUUUCCAUGUCAUACCAAAGCAGGAAUUUGACAACAUUUAUUUUCUUCUAA